GCCACUGCGUUUGGGAUCAACUUCAAUGAGGAACGAGAGAAAUGCUUGGCUAACAAAGUUCUUUUCGAGGACCCUGAGUUCCCUGCUGCAGAACGUAGCAUCUAUUAUAAGACACCUCCUGAUCGACAUGUAGAGUGGAAAAGACCUGGGGGUGCGCUUGGCGAUUGCUGGCUUUUGGCUGCAGUGGCAAACCUUACGCUUAGAGAUGAGCUGUUCUAUCGUGUUGUGCCGCCUGAUCAAAGUUUUACAGAAAAUUACGCAGGUAUUUUUCACUUUCAAUUUUGGCGGUAUGGCAAAUGGAUUGACGUUGUUAUCGACGAUCGUCUGCCAACAGUAAAUGGAAGACUCUACUACAUGCACUCCCAUGAGCACAACGAGUUCUGGAGUGCUUUGCUAGAAAAAGCUUAUGCGAAGCUCUAUGGAUCGUAUGAAAAUCUAGAAGGAGGAACUACUGCAGAAGCCCUUGAGGACUUUACUGGUGGUCUUACUGAGUUCUACAACUUGCGAAAAACAGAUAAAUCCACAGUUUUGGCCAUGAUGAUCAGAGGAUUCCAAAUGGGUUCACUCUUUGGAUGCAGUAUUGACGCCGAUCCACAUCAAAAGGAAGCUCCUCUGGAAAAUGGCCUCGUUCGUGGACAUGCUUACAGUAUCACGGCUCUCCAUACUGUGGAGGGUCCUAACGGACAAACUCCAAUAAUCAGGAUUAGGAAUCCAUGGGGAAACAGUAAGGUUAGCUCAACGUUGAACCAGCAACUUAACAUCACAAGACCGUAG